GCGAGAGUCACAACCAGAGACAAGUCACAACGGCCGCUUACGCGAGUGUCCCUUCUAUUGGCGUUAGCUUUAUUAUUCUAUGCGAGUGUCCCUUCCAUAAUUCUGCCAUCCUUGCUUGUUUUUUACUCAUUUCGCCUUGGUAAUUUGAAAAUUUGAUAAUUCGAAUAUUGUGCAAGUGUGGUAUUACUAUAUUUGAUUGAAAAUUGAAAUCAAAUGUGAAUUCUCAAUUCCCGUCUAACUCAAACUUGAGCAUAGCGUGCCGCGCAGCGCUUAGCCUACUCGAGAUAAACCAUGUCUGGUAGUAAAUCCUCUGUUUCUGGAGAAUGGCGGAAGCGAGUGAAGUCAGAGUACAUGCGCUUACGCCAAGUCAAAAGGUUCAAAAGAGCAGAUGAAGUGAAAGUAGCAUGGAACAACAAUCUCAAAAGCAUGGCAGAAUUGCUGGAGAAAGAAGAAAGACGCUGGCAUGAAACAAAAAUAAUCUGGUCAUACCGGGCCGAUUCCAAUGUGCCAUCGGUGGCCCCUAAGAAAAAGGCAGAGGUCACAUUUUUGGAUGGCGGAGUAUUGGGUUGUCCAAUCAAACUGAUUAAUGCUGUGCCAGCUAUUCCCACAAUGUACACAUGGGCUCCAAUCCAACAAAACUUUAUGGUGGAAGAUGAAACUGUUUUGCACAAUAUUCCUUAUAUGGGGGAUGAAGUUCUUGAUCACGAUGGAACAUUCAUUGAGGAAUUAAUUAAAAACUAUGAUGGCAAAGUCCAUGGGGAUCGUGAAGCUGGAUUCAUUGAUGACCAACUUUUUGUUGAAUUGAUCAAUGCACUUGUGCAACAUCAAAUCAAAGAGCAGGAGGAGGCAAAUAAAGUAUGUAGCAAAUCCAGUAGUAAAUCAGAUCAGAAAACGAGCCAAGAGAAACCAUUUCCUGCCCCAGUGAUUUUUCAAGCUGUCUCCUCAAUGUUUCCGGACAAAGGAACUCCAGAAGAGUUGCGUCAGAAGUACAUUGAAUUGACUGAAAGUCUGGAUCCAAAUGCUCUCCCUCCAGAGUGUACACCAAAUAUUGAUGGACCAACUGCUGAGUCUGUUCCUCGUGAACAAAGCAUGCACUCAUUCCAUACUUUAUUCUGUAGACGAUGCUAUAAAUAUGACUGUUUCCUUCACCGCCUGAAAUCUCAUCAUUCUGGCCCUAAUCUUGGAAAAAGGAAAGGCCCAGAUUUAAAACCAUUUGCUGAUCCUUGUGGUCCUGAUUGUUACAUUCUCUUGGAAGGGAUGAAAGAAAAGUUAGCAGCAAUCGCUGAAAAGUGUGCUGAAGAAAAACGUAAGGAGGAGGAGGAGGAAGAAGAUGAGGAGAUGUCAAUAAAUGAUGAGAUCAAACAAGAACCUCAGCCGUCACCUUUAAACCAAUCAGGUGGAGGUAUUCCUGGAGGCGGAGGAAAUACUAUAGUCAAAAAGGAAAUCAGAAAUGAAGCAAAGCAGCAGAAGAUUUGUAAACAGAUAUCAGUAGAUUCAGGCAAUGAAGCGAGUUCAGAGGAUAGCAACGAUAGUAAAGAAUAUAAAAAUGACGAACUUACUGGAAACGCUGUUGAAACAACAACUUCAUUUUCUCUGCUGGGAUUGAUGGGAGCUGAUGAUAAAAAAGAGUGGACCGGGUCAGAUCAGUCUCUGUUCCGCUGUCUUCAGAGAGUGUUUCUCAAUAACUAUUGUGCUGUUGCUCAAAUCAUGAUGACAAAAACUUGUCAACAGGUGUAUCAGUUUGCAUCGAAAGAAGCUGCAGAUAUCUCUGCAGAAGAAGCCCUCAAAGACUUAACACCUCCAAGGAAAAAGAAGAAGAAGCAUCGGUUGUGGUCCAUGCAUUGCAGGAAAAUUCAGCUGAAAAAAGAUUCAAGCUCUAAUCAUGUUCAUAAUUUCACCCCAUGUCGUCAUCCACCCACCCAACAGUGUGACCAUAAUUGUCAAUGUGUGGCUGCUCAGAAUUUCUGUGAAAAAUUUUGUAAAUGCAGCUCAGAUUGUCAAAACAGAUUUCCUGGUUGCCGCUGCAAAGCACAGUGCAACACAAAACAGUGCCCAUGCUAUUUGGCUGUCAGAGAAUGUGAUCCUGACCUAUGUCAGACUUGUGGAGCAGAUCAGUAUGACGUCAAGAAGAUAUCUUGCAAGAAUGUCAGUGUACAAAGAGGACUUCACAAACAUUUGCUCAUGGCUCCAUCAGAUGUUGCGGGCUGGGGAAUCUUUCUCAGAGAGUCUGCGCAAAAGAAUGAAUUCAUCUCUGAGUAUUGCGGUGAAAUUAUUACUCAAGAUGAAGCUGACAGAAGAGGGAAAGUUUAUGACAAGUACAUGUGCAGUUUUCUUUUCAAUCUUAAUAAUGAUUUCGUUGUUGAUGCCACCCGCAAAGGAAAUAAAAUUCGAUUUGCAAACCACUCUAUCAAUCCAAACUGUUAUGCUAAAGUGAUGAUGGUGAAUGGGGAUCAUAGAAUCGGUAUCUUUGCAAAGCGAGCGAUUCAUUCCGGAGAGGAAUUAUUCUUUGAUUACAGAUAUGGUCCAACUGAGCAACUAAAGUUUGUAGGAAUAGAGCGAGAAAUGGAAUUUCUUUGAUCUCUUUGCAACCUUGAAUUCCUUCUUUUUUAUCACUGCCGAUCUCUGACACAUGCAAGAACUCCAUUGAGAUACUACUCACAUGGUCUUCUAAUGAGUCCUAGUCCGUUGACUACGCCAAAAAACCCUGCGCUGUCCGAUUGGAAUAUGCCGCUUUCAGGGCUCAUUGGUGGUACCCUCAGGAGUAAUUCUAGAAAGGGCAACACUCUGAGACCCGCGACUGGAGCAAGAUGGCGUCUGUUAAAGUCCGCCAUUUUGGUUUUUUUAAAAAUUUUAUUCCUCAUCACUUUUCCUGUCAGACUUAUAUCUUUUAUUCAAAUUAGGCGGAACUGAAAAUGUUCCAAUUUUCGGAAACUUUGAGGUCAAAUAACUUUCAAACAGGCGAGGAAAUGAAUAUUUGGUCUUCUCUGAAGGAGCUGUAGAAUUGUCUGGCGUUUAAUUUGAUACCAAUACCAUUUCUGUGCGAUAAUAAAUAAACUCGUGAGACCAAUUUAAGUGAUGCGCGCGGGUGCGCGGCGCGGGACCCGUUUCAGCGCCCUGGACGGCCGACUCAACCCUUCAAUGGGCUGUAUUUCGGUUGCUGUGCUGUCGAUUUUGAUCAAAUUUUUUUUUGUAAGUAGAUGUACUCGAGAAGAAUCAGCUCAUUAAUUAUUAUUGGCACUAACUUGAUAAUUUUUCAAAAUUUUCAAAUUUAAAAAAAAUUUGUCGGUUGAAUAUGUGAUGCGGGAGAUUUAAAAUGGGUCUUUGUCAUCUAAUGUAAACGUAGAAUUAUUUGAGGUUUAAUUUGAUACCAUAACCAAUUUUGUGCGAUGAAAAAUAAACCUGCCUGAGUGAUUUAAGUGGAACGCAGGGUUGCGCGUCUUACGGCGCGUGACCCGUGUGGGGUUGUUGAAGCCCUUCACAGUUUUUGUAUGCACUGUACUUCGGUUGCCACAUAUUCCGUUUAAAUAACUACUUUUUACGAAGGUUUAAAAAAUUUCUGUGGAAUCAUAGCGUUGUAGAGUUGAAUAGGAAAACAUAUUUUUUAUUAUAAUAAGAUGUAUUUUAUACCACCGUCAUUCCAGUGUGAAGAAAAGAACAUUAAAUUGCGAUAGGAAUUUUACUUCAAACACAGAGUUCAUAGCAAUACUCUAGAAUAAUUUGCAGCUUAAACUAUUUUCUUGAUCGAUCUUUGGAAAACUUGGAAGAAAUCAACAUUAAAAGACAUAUAAUUUAAUUCUAUGGUUUUGGACAGAAAAACUCCUUUUUAGGAAUGUAUAAUACUAAAUAAAAACAAAACACGAUAAUUCAUAAUAGAUCAAAAAGAAAUGAUCACAUGCAUAUAGACUGGACGUUUUUUCUAAAAAAAUAAAAGCGGAAGAAAAUACAUGAAGGGUCUUGCGUUCCAUGCGUUGAUAAGCCUACUAUCUAAAAAAGUAGAGCAUGGAAUAUCACAUUAAGAUGUGAAUUAAAAGGCAAAUUCAAAGGGAGAUCUAAGUUUUAAUUGCACGUUAUUCUUCACUUUCUGGGACUACCGGAAGAUAUGGAGCCUCUUCAUCAACAUUCUCACUAUCCAUUCUGUGAACAAGGAAAAAAGAAAAAAAAAUACUCAUUAAAUUGAGGGAGUUCAUGCUUAAUCUUUCGAAUCCUAUUCAAUGUAACCCCCCCCCCCCUAAAGUAAACGAAUACCUAAAUCGAAAGAAAUAAGAAUAGUGCUAUGUCCAUCAACAUUACACUGGAAUAUAUGCAAAGAAGUGAAUAAAUAAAAUUUUGCAUUUCUUUUUUCGCUAAGUAAAGGAAGCUUGUAACUGGUA